CCAGGAUUGAUGAGGUCACAAAAAUUCCUGAGUUUUGGGGCAUGGGUAAGCCCUCAAAAACUUGAUAAGAAGAAGAAAACCUUCAACAAAUAAGAUAUUCAAGCUAGUUAAAUAGAAUCCGUUGCUUGUGGAUUCCCAUUGCUCAAAUUGUUUUGUUAAAAUCGCUACGAUUUUAAAAUUGGGGCUAAAAAAAAGCGACCGUAGGAAAACCUGUAUCAGUCGGCUGCAGACUGCAGUAUUCGAGCUAGCUGCCUUCCUCCACCACCAAUGUAAAGUGAAACUUUGCUGUUGUGCGACAACACCGCACCAAAAACCUAAAUCCUUCUUUACUAACCUACAUUCCCACAUUUUCGUUUCUUUCUGAAAUGGGACAAAGCCACGAGUUAAGCACUUUGUUUACCCACCAAACCCUUCAGGGCCAACCCUGGUCCUCGAACUGCUUGCUGACGGUUAACAGGUAAGAUGAGUCUUCUGUUGACUUAAAUAAAAUUUCACAGGUUCCAAACACCACACCCCGCACUAACACAGUCCCCCUCCUCCCUUUGACACCUGGGAGAGAAAACAGAUCCUUCUUCAUUGGGCUGAAGGUUCUGCACACAUCAGGACACCGAAGACUGAGCUGCUACUGUGUGUAUCUCAGCAGGGCAGGGGUCAGGAGCAGCGGGCAGGUAGAGGACUUGGGACUGCAGAAACUUCCAGACCCAUCCUGUGUAUCAGGGAAACAACCCUCUGAUCUCCUGCUCUCCACCGUCAGUCCACCAUGGGCCAGAACGUCGGCAAACCCUUGCCGAACCCCUUUCAGAACUCAAACGCCUUUCCCACGUUCAAGAACUCCUACAAGAGAACAGCCUCCGACGAAAACUCACCCGCCCCGCCACGACCACAGAGCAUCUUCGCCACGCUGAGGAGAUUUCCCGUUGCCAAGCCCAAUGAUUUCAUACCUCUGUUCAAUGACUGCAUCUCUGCUGCCUCGUCCAGAGUCCAGGAGUACAUGCUCUUCAAAGACCCGGAGGACAAGUUCCGCCCGAGCCCUGAGGUGCUCACUCAGGUCUUCCUGAUGACCUACAUAUCCCAGAGUGUUUGCCUCAACAUGACGGACACCUUCAACUGCACAGCCAUGACUCCCCAGCAGCGCAUCCUACUCGGGGCUGACUGGGUCUGGGCCUUGCUGGAGAAGCCCACCAAGAACCCUCGGAUCCAGAUCGCUGUGCAGGUCCUACACCUGCCGGAUAAAGAGGAUUCAGAGGAAAAUGGUGUCCCCCCAGAGAUCUUAAGCGAGUCCCUCCAGAUGGCCCAGAAGGAGUCCAGCAACAAGAACAUGCACGAGAAGUUAGUGGACUUCUGCACCUCCGUCGGCAAGGACUGCUACGCCCUCUUCUUGUUCUUCGGCAAGAAAAAUGAUAAGGGAAACAUCUACGGUGUCCUCAGCAACAAUUUUGAGGCAGCAAUCGGGAAGUGUGUCAAGAUUGACAGACCAUUUAUUGAGAAUUUCUUCAAAGGUUCACGGUAUCUCCACACACCUCCAGGAAUGAUGCAGUCUAUCGUCACCAAGAAAGAGGAGGAUCCUCUCACCCUCAUGAUUAAAUUCAGCUGAAUCAAAAGGGACAAAACCAUGAAACGAGACCAAAGCCUUGUAUUCCGAGGUCACAAUUCUAUCUAUUAAUGUAAACAAAGUCUGUCUGUUAAUCGUAUAACACGUGUUUGCUCAUUACCUAGUGAUGAGCUGCUAGCUGAAUAUACCUGUUGGAAUUAUUAGCAUAGUUGCAAACAGAGUAAAAACAAAUAAGUCACGUAUAAACACUAACAUCAGGGCCUUAUGUGAACUAUCAGUUUCCACACCACUCAUUUAUAUAGUUAUUUAUAUAUUUUUACCCAUUUUGUUGCCGUGUAGAAAACACAGAACCGCGUUCUUCUUCAUAACCUGUUUCACUGAUGUUAAACAGGUUAAACAGAAAUCUGAAGCUUAAACAUUUUGCGUACGGUGUUUUAAACUUGGAG